AUGAGCAGUCCUCCCAGCCAGGCUACCUCCGCCGCGGCGCGGCCCGCUGUGGCGCCGACCACUACUGAAGGAACCCCCUCUCAGGUUCCUGAGUCAGUGGCCGCGCCCACCACCCAAGAUCAGGGCAUCGAAGCAGCAGCACAUGAGACAGACGACGAUGACAGAGAUUCUGCCGUCGGUGAUGACGGGGCAAACUCAACAGCAUCCAUCACAUCUAGCAUCUUAGAAUAUCGCACUAUUCAAGGGCGCAGGUAUCACAGCGAGCGACAUGAUACAAGAUACUUUACUCCGAACGACGACCAGCAGUCCGAGUCGGUUGACAUUACCCAUCAUUACCUUCAGCUCCUCUUAGAUGGAAAAUUGUACUUGGCACCAAUCAAAGAAAAUGCAGAGAAAGUCCUCGAUGUUGGGACUGGAACAGCAGGAAUAUGGGCCAUGGACUUCGCAGAUGAACAUCCCGACACGGAGGUAACCGGUACAGACCUCUCGCCGAUCCAGCCAGCCUGGGUUCCCCCAAAUGUCCUAUUCGAGAUCGAUGAUUGCACCCAGCCCUGGACCUGGAAUCCCAACACCUUUGAUUUCGUGCAUAUACGCUACCUUUUCGGAGCAAUCAUUGACUGGACGGCUCUAUUCAAAGAGGCUUUCAGGGCGUGCAAGCCCGGUGGCUGGGUGCAAUCAGGUGAAGCUGAGGUCGAGUUCCACAGCGACGAUGACAGUAUCCCUGCAGACAGCGCUAUGAAAACAUUAUGGUGGAGGUUGUAUACCGAAGGCGGCGAGAAGCUAGGACGCCCCUUUGACGUGAUUUCGAAGGGGCUGCAGAGGAAGGGAUUGGAGGAUGCCGGAUUUGUGGACAUUGUCGAGGAAAAAUUCAAGCUACCUGUCGGUGGCUGGGCUGCUGAUCCCAAGCUGGCCGAGGUCGGCCGCUAUGUCCAGCUCACCAUGGAAAACGACAUUGAGGGUUACACUCUCUUCAUGUGGAACAACGUCUUGCAGUGGCCAAAGGACGAGUACCAAAUUUUCUUGAUGUCGAUGCGUAAAGAGCUGCGCUCCAGAAAGAUUCAUAGCUACAUGACGGUCAAGUUUGUCUAUGGACGGAAGCCAGAAAAUGCAGCGACCUAA